AUGGCGCCCAUGAAUUUGGCAUUAAAAGGAACAGCUGUACAGUCGUCCACAUAUUCCACCUGGGGAGCUUCAAACGCCAUCGACGGCAUCAGAUACGCUCCAGGUUUAGCCUCAAGUUGCUCCCACACAGAAUACGAUCUCAGCCCGUGGUGGAGGCUGGAUCUGCUGGAUUCUUACUAUAUUUACAACGUGACCAUCACCAACAGAGGCGACUGCUGCUCGGAGCGCAUGACUGGAGUAGAGAUCCGCAUCGGAAACUCUCUGGAGAACAACGGCAACAACAAUCCCAGAUGUGGUGUCACUUCAUCUGUCCCAGCAGGCAGUUCUGUCAGUUUCUCUUGCGGUGGAAUGGAAGGUCGUUAUGUGAACAUGUACCUCCCUAACAUCCAGGAGUAUCUCACACUGUGUGAGGUGGAGGUUUAUGGAACAGAUGAGGGUGGAACUCCUUAUAUGGGCAUUUCUUCCAGAAAACUGCCCCCACACAUCAGCUGGAGUGAGAGCAAGAUUGCGCCCAUCAACAAGCUUCAUCUGGUGGCAGUGCUGCACAGGACUUGCUUAGAAAGAAUGUCUCCAAAGAAUAUCUACCUGUCUUGA